AUCUUUUGUUCUGUAGUGAGGGGCUGCUGGCUCCCGCGUCUGUGAUUCGGCGGAAGAAAGACAGAAAUUCUGAAGCUCCUCCCAAAAAUCCUGCAGAAUGAAACACAUUGAAGAUACUGAAGAACAAAGAGUUGAUUGAAGAAAAUGAGGAGAAUGGAGAAUUUUAGUGAAGGUGAGGAGAAAAUUCAUGUUAAAACUGGAGAAAAACAUUUGAGUUGCUCUCAAACCAAACAGAAAGAUUUAAGGAAAAGAGCCAAAAAAUCAUUCACCUGCACUCAGUGUGGAAAGAGUUGGACAAGCAAAUGUGAUCUUGGUGUUCACAUGAGAGUUCAUACUGGAGAGAAACCAUUCACAUGUGAUAAGUGUGGAAAGAGAUUUUCAAACAAACAAAAUCUCAAUCGUCACAUCAGUGUUCACACUGGAGAGAGGCCGCACACAUGUGAUCAGUGUGGGAGGAGUUUCACACAAAAAGGAAACCUUAUGGUGCAUAUGAAAAUUCAUACUGGAGAGAAACUGUAUGCAUGUGAUCAGUGCGGGAAGAGUUUUACACAAAAAAGAAGCCUUAUGGAGCAUAUGAAAAUUCAUACUGGAGAGAAACUGUAUGCAUGUGAUCAGUGCGGGAAGAGUUUCACACAAAAAGGACACCUUAUGGAGCAUAUGAAAAUUCAUACUGGAGAGAAACCAUUCACAUGUGAUAAGUGUGGAAAGAGAUUUUCAAACAAACAUAAUCUCGAUUGUCACAUCAGUGUUCACACUGGAGAGAGGCCGCACACAUGUGAUCAGUGUGGGAGGAGUUUCACACAAAAAGGACACCUUAUGGAGCAUAUGAAAAUUCAUACUGGAGAGAAACCAUUCACAUGUGUUCAAUGUGGAAAGAGUUUCACACAAUCAUCAAGCCUUAAAAUACACAUGAACCUCCACACUGGAGAGAAACUGUAUGCGUGUGAUCAGUGCGGGAAGAGUUUCACACUAAAAAGAAGCCUUAUGGAGCAUAUGAAAAUUCAUACUGGAGAGAAACCAUUCACAUGUGUUCAAUGUGGAAAGAGUUUCACACAAUCAUCAAGCCUUAAAAUACACAUGAACCUCCACACUGGAGAGAAACUGUAUGCAUGUGAUCAAUGUGACAAAACAUUUUUGAGUGCUUCAGUCCUGAAGCAACACCUGACAGUUCAUUCAAAGGAGAAACCACAUUCAUGUCAUUUGUGUGGAAAGAGUUUUUCAUGUCUACAACAUCUGAAAAAACAUCAGAAAAUACACACUGGUGUGAGAGAGUACAUGUGCUUUGAGUGUGAAAAGACUUUUACUUCAGCAACCUGUUUAAAACAGCAUGAGAGGAUUCACACUGGAGAGAAACCAUACAAGUGUUCACACUGUGACAAGAGAUUCAGUCGGUCAGGAGACCUGAAAACACAUGAGAGGAUUCACUCUGGAGAGAAACCAUACAAGUGUUCACACUGUGACAAGAGAUUCAGUCGGUCAGGAGACCUGAAAACACAUGAGAGGAUUCACUCUGGAGAGAAGCCGUACACAUGUGAUCAGUGCGGUAAGUGUUUCACACAAAAAGGAAACCUUAUGGAGCAUAUGAGAGUUCAUUCUGGAGAGAAACCAUUUACUUGUGCUCAGUGUGGAAAGAGUUUCAAACAAUCAUCAAAACUUAAAAUACACAUGAACAUCCACAAUGGAGAGAAACCACAUGCAUGUGAUCAGUGUGGCAAAACAUUUUUGAGGGCUUCAGCCCUGAAGCAACACCUGACAGUUCAUUCAAAGGAGAAACCACAUUCAUGUCAUUUGUGUGGAAAAAGUUUUUCAUGUCUACAAUAUUUGAAAGUACAUCAGAAAUUACACACUGGUGUGAGAGAGUACAUGUGCUUUGAGUGUGAAAAGACUUUUACUUCAGCAACGUUUUUAAAACAGCACGAGAGGAUUCACACUGGAGAGAAACCAUACAAGUGUUCACACUGUGACAAGACAUUCAGUCGGUCAGGACAUCUGAAAAAACACGAGAGGAUUCACACUAGAGAGAAACAGUACAACAGUGUUAAUUUCGUUGACGGAUAAUUUUCGUCAUGAUUUUCAUGAUCCUGUCAUGAUGACAGGAACGAGACGAUAACAAAUAAAAACUCUUUUUGAAUGACAAAAACAAAGACAAUCAUCUAUUGCCAUUUUCAUCAACGAAUAAAAAUAAGACGAAAAUGUUAGGGAGGGACAAUUGGACAGAGAUCAUCCAAUCAGAAUGAAUCUCCUGCGUGGAAAGGAGGUGAGAUGCACACAUUUGAAUUGUAAUGCUCUGAUCACAAGUUUGCAUACACUUGCUGCAUAAAAUGUAAAACAAAUGUCAGUGCCUGGGAGUUAAGAAAGAGCACACCUAUGGAUAAAUUUGAAAAGUGUAACGAUGCGAAAGAGCGCUUAAUUCGGUCCGGUUUUCUGAGCGCACACAGCCGAAUCCCACACAAAAGCGUCUCUCAAAUAGCGCACGAUUACUGAAUUCAGUUCUCGCUCACAUCUUAACGGAGAAAUACACACAAAAUGAUCUCAAAUUGUCAGUUUUGAUGAGUAUUCACGUAAACACACCCGGUUACAUCUUAAGUGAAUGUAAACUAUUGGGAUAAUAUCGGAUGUGUGUUCCAGUAUAUUCCAGUUCCUUGCAUUCAGUUUUAAACGGACAGCAGACUAAUUUAGUUGCUGUUUUCUGUGACCUUAUUGUUAAUGAAUCAACAAAAGAAAGAGAGAAAAUCACUCACUUCUCUUGAAUGACUCACUUUAGUAGCCCUAAUAAGGAUUAUUCUAAUUUUAAUGUAUAUAAAUAAAUAUGCCUGCUUGAAAGAAUGAAGGAUGUUGUAUGCAAGUUGCUAUAUAUAGCCAUUGGUAUUUCAAAAGAGGACCAUGUACUUGUUUCUUUAUGAGAAGUUAUUUUAUUUUAUUUUGAGAUAAAGACAUGUGUCAAAGCAGUUAAAUCUGUGUCUAUAUUGCAUGUUCAAAUCGUUUAUAUUCCCAAAUGUUGAAUUCAUGAAUUUGGAAAUUUUAAGAGAAAUGCUUAAUAAAUGCAUUACACUGUUAGAUUUCAGUUGACUAAAUUUACUGUAGAUUUAGUCGACUAAAACUAGACUAAGACUAAAAACAAUUCAGAUGACUAAAAUGUGAUUAAAACUAAAUGGCAUUUUAGUCCAAAGACUAUGACUAAACCUAAAUCAAAAUUUGUUGUCACAAUUAACACUGCCGUAUAAGUGUUCACACUGUGACUAGAUUCAGUCAGUCAGGAGGAUUCACACUCGAGAGAAACCGUAUCACUGCACUGAAUGUGGGAAGCGUUUCAAUAUUUCAUCUUCUCGACACAGUCUUACAAAACACAUUCACAGUAAGUAGAUCAUCUUCAGAUCCAGCACUUUCAGUUCUGAUGCUGUGUCCUCAUCAAAUGUGACACAAUAAUGCAUCAAGCAAUAAAAUAUAAUUUCACAGUGAAUAAAGUUCAUCUUCAAAUCAAGCAGAUUCAACUGUGAGAUUCAGAUCAACACAAAGAUGGAGUUUCUCCCCAAAGAACAAUGUCAGAAAGUUUUAUUAUUGUAUAUAGUUUUGCUUAAUGAUAUAAAUAAUAUUGUUUUUUUGUUUUUUUUUACGAGUUUCAUAUAUUGUUCAAUUGGCGUUAUUGACAAUCAGACAGCAAAAGAAUGCCAAUGACUUUUCCUCACAUCAGGAGACUCUCAGGAUGGAUCUACCAUUUCAACAGUUUCAAAACAUUCAACAUUUCUAAAAGUUUCAAAGAGUUUUAAAUUGACUGGUUUUUAUAUUAAUUUAGAACUUCCAAAUAAUUGUCAAACUCUUAAAUGCACGUAUUCCUUGUAAUGUUCCUGACAAGUUUCAAUAAAAGUGUCUGUGAAAUGAACAAAUCUUAACGUAAUGGCAGAAAAACAAAUGCCAUGUCUUUUUUGUUUUCUAGAAGUCAAACAUCAGUUCUUUUCAGCUCUUUUCUAUAAUAAAACCGUUGACCACAGACCACUGUGCAAAUUUCUAAAACUAGUCAUCAGGACGGGUUCAGCAGAUCAAUGCUGCUGUUCACUGGAAUCACCACAGCUCAGUUCUGAAGACAAGAAAUAGUUUAAAUUCGUACAGCUGAUAAUCAAAAUGUCAUUGAAGUGAAUGCUACUAGUGUAGCUGUUCUGACAUGAAACAGCAUCGUUAGAGCAUUCCUGAUCACUGAGAAAAACCUGGGCUUUCAACUAGAGGUCUUCACGGGUCCACUUGGAUCUGAAAACCCGAGACCCUAGCGGGUUCGGGUACAAAACUUCUACGAGUGCCUCGGACACGGGUCGGGUUUGGUAUUAGCAGCCUCGGGUCUCGGGUAAUUAAAAUAAAUGUGCUUUUCCCAAAUGGACCCGAUUAAACCCGAAUUCUUUUAAACCUUCCCGUGC